CAGCUGGUAAGCUGGAUGACCAUUUUCCUCUGGUGGUGUGGCAGACCGGGUCAGGAACUCAGUCCAACAUGAACGUCAACGAGGUGAUCAGCAACAGGGCCAUCGAGAUCCUCGGAGGGAAGCUGGGGAGCAAGGACCCUGUUCACCCCAACGACCACGUCAACAAAAGCCAGAGCUCCAACGAUACGUUCCCCACAGCCAUGCACAUCGCAGCAGCCAAAGAGGUCCACGAGGUUCUGCUGCCCGGGCUACAACACCUCCACGACGCCCUGCACGCCAAGGCUGUGGAGUUUAAAGACAUCAUCAAGAUCGGACGCACACACACAGGACGCUUACACACACACACACAGGACGCUGUGCCGUUGUCUCUGGGACAGGAGUUCGGUGGGUAUGUGCAGCAGGUAAAGUACAGUAUUGAGCGAGUGAAGACGGCCAUGCCCAGAAUAUAUGAGCUGGCAGCAGGAGGUACCGCCGUGGGCACGGGCCUCAACACGCGCAUCGGCUUCGCUGAGAAAGUAGCAGCUACUGUCGCCUCUCUCACAGGUCUGCCUUUCGUGACUGCUCCCAACAAAUUUGAGGCUCUGGCGGCCCACGAUGCUCUGGUGGAGCUGAGUGGAGCGUUGAACACGGUGGCCGUCAGUAUGAUGAAGAUCGCCAAUGAUAUCCGCUUCCUGGGGUCCGGGCCCCGCUCUGGCCUGGGAGAACUCAGUCUGCCUGAGAACGAGCCUGGGAGCAGCAUCAUGCCCGGGAAAGUUAACCCCACCCAGUGUGAGGCCAUGACCAUGGUAGCAGCCCAGGUUAUGGGAAACAACGUGGCUGUGACCAUCGGAGGCAGCAACGGACACUUUGAGCUUAACGUCUUCAAGCCAAUGAUGAUUAAGAACGUGUUGAACUCGGCCAGGCUGCUGGGGGAUGCCUCAGUCUCCUUCACUGAUAACUGUGUGGUGGGCAUUGAAGCGAACAUCGACAGGAUCAACAAACUCAUGAAUGAGUCCUUGAUGCUGGUCACCGCCCUCAACCCACACAUAGGUUAUGACAAAGCUGCUAAGAUUGCCAAGACGGCUCACAGAGAGGGAGAAUUCAAGGAAACUGCUAUCAAGCUCGGAUACCUGACAGCAGAAGAGUUUGACGCGUGGGUUAAGCCACACGAGAUGCUGGGACCCAAGUAGAACAUGACACGCUGCAGAAUGUCUAUGGUUAUAAAUGUCUUGUCUUUGUACAAAUAUAAACAUUAAAAAAAUGUUUUUGUUGGAA